AUGAGGUUACCCAUACCUUGCUUUGACUACGCUGGAAACGCCACCCGCCCCCCUUCGCUGUUCGACACGAUGUUAGCUGCAACCACUCCGAUAGCACGAUCCCCUCUCGCCAAAUGUGUUAUCCUUGCUCUCGCCACAGGCGCGCACUACGUCAGCUUGCGAGCCCCAAACGCGCGCCCCACGAAGGACGAUAAAGUGUACAAGGGCCAGCUAUUCGAGUAUACGGUCCACGCCCUCAGUCUGGCGAGCAAGACGACAGUCAUGUUCUUCCUCCUUUCAGAGUGUGCCACCAUCCUCGCGCUGCGCUUUCCGGACGCACCCUAUGCCCAGACGGUAGCGGCAGCGAUGCUCCCCAAGGACUCGAGUCGUGCCGCUUCCCUGGACGUUCUCUCCACCAUCUCUCUCCGCUUCGCACUCGGCGUCUCCCUCAUGUUCGCCUCUGGAGCGCUCCGGAUGUGGUGUUAUCGCACCCUUGGCCCGCUCUUCACGUACGAGGUGGCCAUCAAGCCCACUCAUAAGCUCGUCACCUCCGGGCCGUACACGUUCGUUCGCCACCCUUCGUACACCGCAGUCGGACUCAUGAUGGUGGGAGCGAUCACCUGCGUUUCCGCACCUCAAGGAUACGCAAACUACAGCGGAUUCAGCAGCACAGCCCUUGGGGGGACAUGGUUAUGGACCUGGUACGUGUUAAGCGCGUUCAGCCUGCUGAGCGUCGUAAAGAGAGGACGGGUGGAGGACGAUGCACUGAAGGCUCGGUUCGGCGAGGAAUGGAACACGUACAGAGAUCGAGUACCGUACAAGUUCAUCCCUGGCUUAGUGUAG